AGCCUGGCAACGUUUGCAAUUGAAAUCGAGGCAGAUUGACGUGGCUGAUCGUCGUCGUGGUGGUUAGUUUUUAGUUUAUUUCCUAUGCUAGAAACUACGCCGGUGUUGUUUUAUAUCUUGAUAAUACUACAGCUAUUUAGGCGAAUUGUUUAUAUGUAAGAAGUACCGAUACAAAACUUUUACUUAGGUUUAGAUCAAUCAAGUUGGAAAAUGGAAAGUGUACCAACCAUGGAGCCUGUAAAUAAACCAGGUAUUGUUACCAGGUUCUUCACUUCAGGGGCACAGAAAUAUCAGUCCUUCCUUGACAGAUGGGUUCCAUUUACAACUGCGAGAUGGGUGUUUUCAUUUUUAGUUUUCAUUCUAUAUUUUGUACGAGUGUUCAUAUUACAGGGAUGGUAUAUAGUUACAUAUGCUCUUGGUAUAUAUCUACUGAACUUAUUCAUCGCUUUCUUAUCACCGAAAAUAGAUCCAGUAUUUGAGCAAGAAGAUGAGGAUGGUCCAAGUCUACCUACUAAAUCCAGCGAGGAAUUUAGACCCUUCAUCAGACGACUUCCAGAAUUUAAAUUUUGGUAUUCUGCAACAAAAGCUGUGCUGAUUGCCAUGUUUUGUACAUUCUUUGAAGUUUUCAAUGUUCCUGUAUUCUGGCCAAUUCUUGUCAUGUACUUCUUCAUUCUGUUCUUUUUAACAAUGAAGAGACAGAUUAGGCAUAUGAUUAGAUAUAAAUACCUUCCUUUUUCACAUGGAAAAACAAAAUACAAGGGAAAAGAAGAUUCAGGAGAGGUUAUAGCACAGUAAUAUAAGUCCCAAAAUAAUCUUACCCCCGCAGUUGAUCAUGAAAGCAAGGCCUCCUCUGAAGAGUUGUGGAAGCAAUUACAGUUGGAUAAAAGAAACUAAAUUGUGAAGGUGUAAAAAGGUGCAGUAGAUGCAGUGCUCUCCUUGAAAUCAAGUUCCAGUUUGCAAUUUUCUUAUCUUUGAUCUCUCUUAAGGACACGAGACCGCCUGCAUUGCCGAUGGUGUUGGAGCUUAACGUAUACAACAUUGUAGACUCCAUGAUGUACCCAUAAUGCACUAUAAAAGAUUGGACACACAAUAUACAACAGUAAGGAAUUUGCGCAGUAUAUUUAAAGAUGUUUUGUCUGUUUUGAACCAAUUACUGUAUUUUAUUCGAAGAAACGCCCCGGAGCAUUUAUAGUUGAGAAGGGUUUUAAGGGGAAUUUAUUUUAGAGAGGUGGUUAUUCGAAGGAGACAUUAAUUUUUUUUGUAAAAUGGAUACGUAUAAUAUGCUCAAAUAAACGCCCCCUUAAUUUCACUGUAAAUGUGGAACUACAGUUAAACUUGCCUAAGUCGACUUUGCUUAACUCAAA